GGCAGCAUCUUCGAAAAAGUCAGAUAUCAAAUUUGAAGCCCACUGAAGUAUAACGUCCAACAAUUUUUGGUUAUUCAAUGUGAAAUUACAGAAUGUUGCGUAUCCCCAGGACAGGAGUACUUUUAAAAAAUACCAUUCAUACUCCAGUAACAUCUCCACAAAAUCCAAUCCUUCUGUCAAUUUUCGACAAAAUCAAGAAAAAAUUAGGUCUUGCAAAGAAUGAAGAAAAAACAGAAAUAGCCACAGAAUCCACAGAGAAUCCACCGCAGCACAAUGACGAGUGGAGUGGCAUCAAUACUGGACAACCACGAGGAUACCCACAAACGACCCAUGGUUAUCCCACAGGAUACCCACAUUAUCCCGAGAAUCAGCAUCAGCCACCCAGAGAAUAAAUUAAAUCCAUUUUAGACCUCAGUAUUCCAUUUACAAGCAAUGCAAAAAGUCUACUAUGUUGUUGCACGUGAAUAUGGAUGCGUUUCGUAAGCUGAUUCGACAACAGUCGGAAUAUUGUACUUGAACGUAUCGUAAAAAAAGUUUUAUGGUUAAAUUAUUUAAACGAUGGAUUGCGAAGUGGCUGUGCAAAGAAUGCAAACCAUAAUAUCAAGGACAUUUGGCAAAUUGAAAUUGGCGGUUUGUCUGUCAGCAAUAUUAAAGUACAAGAAUCUACCAAGGAUCCUGACACCCGCUGAAAUGUCUACCGUACAGAAGACUUGCGAAUUCUAUUCAUCCUUUUCAGAAGAUGCUGAUAAUUCUAAUUUUGAGGAUUUCAAUAGUUUUACUUACAAUCCGCAACUUACGAUAGUCAUUGAGAUACUACACAAUUAUCCAGAAGUUCAUGAACUCGCAGAGAAACUUUUGAAAGACGUACCUGCGUCUUCCAAAAGCUUGAUCUACAGUCUGGAGUUGUUCAGCAACAUUAUGGAAAAACGUAUGAGAACAACUCCGACGGAGCAUCGGCAGCACGAGUUGAAACUUCGCAAUGCUUUUAAAAGUGCAAAGAAAUCAGAGGAGGACAUAGUAGCGCUGCAAGAGAUGUUGGAGGAACAACAAUCGCGGCACAAUGAGAUUAUAAGAGAAUUAAACGACAGCAUAGCUAGAGACGAGUCUCUGAUGGCAAAGAUAAAGAAAAGAUUGGAUGACGAGAGAACAAAUAAAGUAAACGAAUCGGAGUCGCAGAUGGUAAAGUCAUUUUCAGAGAUGCGGGCAAUGCAGGAAUCGUUACAGUCGGAGAUCAAUAAUUGCACCGAGAGGUUGAAAGUCAUAAUGCAGGAUAAUGCGCAACGCGAGAAAGAAUUGCGUGCAAGACGAACCAAGGUGGAAAGUCAAUUUGUCGCACUUCUCGGUAAAUACGAUACCGAGAUAGGCGCACGUCAUCAGUUAAUGGAGUCCUUAAUGGCGGAAUCCGAAGCACUCAGAAAAGAACAAGAAGACAUUCAAAGCGAAUUAAAUACGCAGAGUGUGCUAUACACCAAAUGGAAGGAAGAAAAGGAAUUGGCGACGAUGGAAGCUUUCAAGGAACGACUCAACGACUUCGUGAGAAAUCGAGCGGCCAAAGUAAUACAGAAAGCAUGGCAGACGCAUAACCAGCGUAAUGUUACGCGGAAAAAAAAGAAAUCAAAGAAGAAAUAAAAUCUCAGUGUGUGCUACUCGUUGCUCCGAAUCUCAUGAGAUUGGGGAAUACAGCCAGACCUUAGUCUAUCACUGAAAUUGGAUGCCGUAGGUGCCUAUGUAUCUUCAUUAAAGCUGUUUAAACGACAACGUGUGCAAACGUUGUGCUGCCUUACGUAUAAGCCCUGUUGCCGAUAGAUUAGCCAAAUUUUACAUGACGACCGAGUUCAACUGUCGUAUUUACUAUGCGAUGCUGAACGAGUCGACGGCAUAGAAAACGCAAGGUAUAUAGAACGACUACGACAAACGGUGCUAAGUAAGUUCAUACAUUGCAUGCGUGUAUUUACGUUUCAACUCAGUAUUCCUAGUAAAUCAUGGUGCGCAAUAAGGACGUUAAUUACAAAGCCUUGUCAGGAGUUUGUGAGGGAUUAACACGAGAAAGCUCGAUCUACCUCGACAGUGAUUAAGCCCUCGGAACUUGCUUAAAAUUUAAUUACGUACUAGCUAAAAAGAAUAUCGAAGGCCAUUACCUAAUAUUACCUGAAUUUUUUUUUUUUUUUUUCGUAUUUUUGGAAGUGAUUUAACAAUUUUUUUUAGCCGAUCCAGCUCGAUAAAUAAUUUUCUCAUAUUGAUCCUGAUUAUUUGAUUACUUGACCGUAUUAUUGGGAAUUGCUUAGUCCAGGACUAGAGGAGAAAGACUUUCUAUUUAUACUAUAGCUUAUCUUUGGACUCGACCAACUAGAUUUGCUUUUACUGGAACCAUAGAUAUCCUGAGAUUACAGAACGGACGACUCUCUAUUAGGGAUGGAAUUGGCUGGACUUGCAGGCUCCGUGGCACCAAAUUUGUAGGGGCACAUUGCGUGGCGCAUGCUCUGGGAUAUUUUGCUGGGGUGAUAUUCAGUCAGGCAAGCCAGGCUCAAAGCGGCCGAUCAUUACGAGGUACACGGCGCCCGGGAGUUCGGCUAAAAAGAGUAACAACCCAUUGUAAACGUGUUGGAUAAUCAAAACGAUUGAGAAUUAAAAACACACCCGAUUGGAUUUUCAGUUCUGAAAAUUUAGACCGCUGCAGCCUCGAGCGAUGCACGACUUCGUUCCUUACUGAUAUUUCGGAACUUCUGGAAUUCGUCAGAAACAUAAUAUCCAAUGAGGAUAUAAGAGCCGUUUCUAAUUAGAGAAAAUGACUGAGAGAAUGACAUUGACUUUUCAUUCUCCGAUAAUGGAAGAGACCGAGAAGAAUCUAACGACAGGAACACUUGAGCAGCGUAAAGAGGCUUUUAAAGACGACGAAGAGCUGAUGAAGGAAACGACGAAAUUCGUGACGGAAGUAAUUGAAACGGCGACUACGGAAGCUUCCAAAAGAAAAUAUCAAAUAGAGGGAGCCGAUGCGAGCGAAGAGACGUUGUUAGACCCAAAUCAUUGGUCUGCUAACUUUAACUGGAGUUGCUUCUAACGAGUGCAGUGCUAAUCGUAUGAUGACUACAUGAUUAACAUGCGUUCGUAAAUGCAUGUGCAGGAAGUAGAUUGAAGGGCGGUGAUCGCAUCAGCGGCUGGAACACCCGAGCUCGUGGCUUCUGCAAUCGAAUACUGAAUGCACUUUGCCCCUGCCUCACCAACAAUGGUAAAUGAUAGACUGAUAAAACGUAGUAGUUGCUACGCUACUGGCCAUUCGGAUCAUAGAAAAGAAUAUAGCAUAGAGUCCAUCAAUGAUAAAGUACUGUAUCAACCAUAUCGAAGAUCAUUCCCGUGGGAUCCUCAAUCGCAUCGAUCGGCUCCUUACGAUUGGGCCAUCAAAGCGUUUCGAGACUGUCGUUGUGUGCCAAUCCUCAUGUGCGAACUUGAUAGGGAUCUCAUUUCUUCGUGUUAUUAGUAUCAAUCACAGUACAAUUUUAUUACCUUAUUUUUCAUAGUUGAUCAUCGUCAUUGUCAUCGUCAUUAGGACGCACGAUGUAUUGACAUGCUCGAGAGACGCAUGCGUGGACGAUGAAUUUUUUUUUUAAUCAUCCAAAAAUAGUUUAAUGGUACGAAAAGCUGAGAAUGUUAGAAUAUGUAUUUAUGAUUUGAAUGACUUGAAUGUUUUAUCAUUGAACCGAGGACUGUGUUAUCUUUGAGAAUGCCUGUGCGAUAUACAUAGACAUCAUCAUGAACGAAAAUUAGUUUUUCACUUGAUCCAGCGAGCGGACGGGAUUUUGUAGUGUCGUUCAUGCAUGCUAAAAAUACGCCUGAAAAGUUAAUAGCUUUGAGUACAUAUAGGAUAUGUGUUCUUUUCAUAGAGUUAUUCGCCUGGACCCCCUACCGGUAUCGCUUCACGAGACCCUAACCGUUCGCUGUCUACGGGAAUCCGUGCAUGCGGAAUAAUUAUUUAUUAAGAUAAUAAAUAAUAGAUAUAUUAAUAAUAUAAGAGCCACACUACGUCAAUUCCGAGUCGUGCUGUUGUUGGGCAAAUGGGUGAACAUCUUCGACUUGAAAAAAAUAUUUAAUUCUAGAACGUUGACUAUUCAGAGUAUCAUCUAGGACGUCUACGCCACUGUUUCUGAUCAGCUCAGCGAUUCUUCCACUGACUCCCAGUUGGACUGACAGCCAAGUAAUGGCGUAGGCGACAGGGGGAAUAUUUUUAAAAGUCCACGUUCGAUACUAACAAACCAUUAAAUGUCGUAGACAAUUCAAUCGUCUUUAUAAACGGAUCAACUUCGUUGCAACAAUAAGUGUUGGUACAUGUGCGGAUCCUAAACAAAGAAUGUUAAAGAAAAUAUAUAUAUAUGUAUAAAUAUUUUUAAUUGGAAAUGCUCGUACGGGAGGAUCGUUUAUUGUUCUGUGAUUUCAUGCGUAAUUGCAAUAUGUAUCCUCUGGACGAUCCUUUCAAAAAAGUUUUACGGUGUCGCAUCAACUUCCCUCAGGCUUGAAAAUGGAGCCGCUAGACUUUGGGUUAUUAAGACAGCUUGUAAUAUAAUCAAUAAGCUUUUCAUGAGCUUUUCACGUGAAUUGACACUUACAGGGAAAAAUCUAAGACUGCUUUUUAUUGCCGUUUAUCGGAGUUUCGUCACUUUUGAAAAUUCAUUGUACAUUUUUUCCCUCUCUUUUCCUGUGCUAAUACGGAAAAAUUUCAAAAAAAAUAUCCUGAUACCUAUCGAGCCUAUUGUUAUAUGCACGCACCUAUCAUUGGCUAAUGAGUGUUUUCUAGCGCAACCAGUGACUCAAUGAAAAUCAAUAUCCAACAUUACCGUCUCUUUCGUCGCGAAUGGGCUGAGAAUCUUUUCGCGUUACAGUUAGGUUAAGUAGAUUAUAAAGUUGUUAUUCGGUAAAUCGCGUAAGAAUUGAAUUAGGCAUUGAUGAGCAUGUAGAAGUAUCAUUGAGGUUUUCAGGGAUGCAUCAGAUGCAUAAGUGCAUCUCGGGUACCUUUUGUGAUAUAAAGUGAUUGGGCUUUUUAGAUCGGUCGGUAUUAAUACGUAUCACAAUUUCUCAUGACGAUCAUUUUGGAAAAGUUUUAUGAUUUAAGAUUUGAUACGCAUUUUGGUACGAUAGCUUCUAGAGAGAGUGUCGCAAUUUUCAGACGAAAUGGACAUAUGGGACAUUUUUAUUCGGAACCGAAUACUGGCGAAAAUCAAAGCGCACUACUUUCUUACUUAAUGCAGUUAUGGGAUCAAGAAAAAUAUAAAGAAUAUAUAUUAAAGAGUAACUAUCAUUUUUGUGACAAUCAAUGACAUUGGAGGCCGAUGCAAGAGCCGUGUGCAACGUCAGCUCGAAUGAAAUUCGUAGUAGGAUAUUAAUAAAAGCGGGGCGUACAAAUUGUUCAAUAAUGUGAUGAAAAAGUUUGUAUUUUUUUGUGAAAUCAAGGACGUAUUAAAAUUUACAUUAAUUUUUAAGUAUCGCCGCUGUAACGAUCAACGUUCAAUUGUACGGUGUAUACAUCAUUGUAUAAGAUCUUAGAUCGAUGUAUGUAUUUAAUUGGUUAAUAAAUAUAAAAAUGUAAUCCUUAAAA